AUGGGACAGUCCUCUUCUACGCAACGUGAUCCAUCCAACACUGGCUAUCCGGCACACCUUGCACCAUUCCCGAUACCGCGUGGCCCUAACACAAGGGAUGAAAAUAUGAAUCAUAGACAGGCGGCUGAACACAACGGAGAGGGUGGUUUGCCACCCCGGACAGACAUAAACACACACUCCAGGAGCGACCAAGAUAUGGCAUCCGACCGGCCAGGCCGGUUCUCCGCUGGGGGUUCGCAACCCAUGCGGAGUAUCGAGGAGGAGGACGGGCCCGAAUAUGAGCUCCCACCCCGCGAAUUCCGCACCGCGGCAUUUGCUCGAAUGGCAGCCCGAAGACAAUCGACCAUGUCAAGGCUGGGCUCUAGGCUUCUUCCCAAUUCAGUCAUUCGUGGACUUCUCAACAGUCAAGAAGAGACCCCGGCAGAGGGACAUGCACAUCGACAUGGCCUAGUUCCUAUGCCCAUUCCAAGAUCCGAGACUGCUCACACAUCCGGUCGGUUUAGUGCGUUCAAUUCACUCAGCUCCAGAGGAAUUACUCGGCGCCGAUCUGCUCGUGCCCCAUAUUUUAUUCCACCUCGCGCGGAGUCUGCUGGAAUUCCAGAUGCACCAGCAAACCCGACAUACAUCGACUCUCCAUCUCAGAUACCCGAGCCCACAAGAGCAUCCUGGCGUCGUAGUGUCAGGCUGCAGCGCAUGCGCCAUUCGAUUUCAUCUCCCAUUUCUCACAUGUUCGGCCAGCCACACUCAGAUUUGCGGCCUCACGAAAGCCCGGAAUAUCAAAUGUCAGAUCCCUUAUUUGAUGACAGGGCUAUGGACACGCGUCUGGACUUCGGCGAACCGCCUCAUGAACUUGAUUCAGUAGAACCAGCCAUCCAGGCUGGGAGGCCGGCAGCUGGUUCAUCUCCCGCCCCGCCGAGUCCUGCUUUGAUGCGCCGAUUGCCUGGGAUCAUUCGAGCAAGAUCAUCCAGAGUCCUGCGGCGAGAGGAGCAAACACCUCUGUCAAGGGUUCUUCAGCUUGCCGCAUCCGCAAUUGCAGCUCAGCUAUCUGGCACUGCCGGUCCUGCGUUGCCUAAUAUCCAGGCAUUGGGCAAUGAUGGAUUAGAUGGCUCGUUGGAGAAUUUCAUCCAGAGUUUGCAGCACGCGACUUCUGCGCAAGCUCAACCGACUGCAACAGGAGAGGGCCCGAGCAACAAUGCAAAUGGAGCACCCUCACAUCCCGUCAAUUUCUUGCGUGUGUUCCGAUUUGCCAAUUCAGAAUCUCCCACAGGCCCAGGCGCUUCAGGACAGAGCGCGAAUGGUGCCGGCGACCGUGGAACCCAAACUGAUGGAAUGGACAUAGACGAGCCUUCUGAAGGCGAAGGACGAACAGUUACACUAGUUGUCGUUGGAGUUCGGUCCGUCCCGGCUGGAAACGGAGGUAAUACUGAACAGCAACAGCACGCCAGUCCGGGCCCCGGUCUAGAUGCUUUGCUUGGUCUACCAUUUUUGCCACCAAAUACUAUCCCACGGCCUCCGGGUGCCACUGGUGAACCUACCCAACCGGGCGAUGUGCGAUCUAGAUUGAAUCUUCCUAGGCAACCAGGUCAUGCAGGACACGCCCCCGCCGGAGCUACAGAAUUUCCACGCCCGUCGGUCCCCAAUACCUUCAGAAGAAUGUCUGAUGCCGGGCCCCGUGCUGCAUUCCCAUCCUACCAUCCCUCCGGUUUCUCAGAAAGCCCCCCGGGACCGCACCCACCUCCAUCAACCCCAGCUGAACAAGGAAUGUCUGCUUUGUCCUCCGGCACUUCGACUCCGAGCCGUAGACCAUCCUCUGCUUCAGCAAUUGCUCCAGAUAUUCUACCCCAUCUUCAUGAAGGCCAGGCAAUGCAACCGACGGCGGAGACGUUGGAAGAGCCUAUUGCAUUCAAUACCGCUCGUCAGCGACGCCGAAGUGAUUCUGAGUAUGCUCGUCAUCGGGCCCUCGGCUCUGGUGCUGUUCGACGCAAUGGCAUGGUUGAACCCGAUCAACCCCCACCAAGCGGAGGUCGCAGUUGGUUAAUCUAUGUUGUUGGAACCAACCUCUCUGAAAACCACCCGGCUUUGACGACACCAAGCCUUUUCACCGAUAACCCGACCUACGAGGAUAUGAUCCUGCUUUCAUCACUGUUGGGUCCAGCUAAACCCCCCGUCGCCUCUCAAACCGACGUCAACUCCGCCGGCGGACUAUUCCGUCUUGUUGAGUAUGCAGGUUCAUUGGUCGCCGAAGCCGUGGAAGGCGCUGGCGCCAUUCAAAUCCAAGAUGGAGAGCGCUGUUUAAUCUGCCUGAGUGAUUAUGAGGUGGCCGAGGAAGUUCGAGAGUUGGGUAAAUGCAAACAUGUCUUCCACAAGGACUGCAUAGACCAGUGGUUAACCACCGGGAGAAACUCUUGCCCUCUGUGCCGAGGUCAAGGCGUCAACGAAACCCCCCAGCAACGACUCCAACACCGACAACCCGGCACCCAAUCCUGCUCCUGCUCCUGCUCCUGCUCCUGCUCCUGCUCCCGCUCCCGCUCCCGCUCCCGCUCCAGAUGGCACAGCCGUCUGACCCCUUCCACCAAGCAUGGGCAAACCAGCCAUGUGAGCAACUCCCAACUCUGA